AUGACCAGUCAAACAAGUUCAACCUACCCUGCACUCAACCAACCUGGUCCAGAUUCCUACAAUUUGGUCCUGGCUAAGGAUAUCCGGCUGCAUGCCAUCAGAACGUUCGGAUACAUCAUCCACGAGUUUGACCCCUGGUUCAACUACCGAGCGGCUGAGUACUUGGCCCAACAUGGCCUGAGGAAGUUCUUCCAGUGGUACGACUACAUGUCCUGGUAUCCCAUUGGACGUCCCAUAGGCACCACCAUCUAUCCUGGAAUGCAGAUGUGGGCCGUGGGCAUUUUCGAGGCCUUGAAGCAUGUGCCAUCCACAAAGGUUUGGUUGCCCUUCAUUCCGCCCCUUCGGCCUUUGGCCAAGUGGGCCCAGAGGAACGGUUGGUUGUUCAUCCCUUCACCGCUUAAGUCUCGUAUCCAGAUCGGGCCCAUGAGCGUGAACGACAUUUGCUGUAUGAUUCCGCCCUGGUUUGGAUCCACUGCUUCCAUCUUCACUGGACUCCUGGCCUAUGAGAUCUCCCGCAGCGUCAAUGCGGGGCUCAUGGCUACGGGCAUUAUGGCAGUGAUCCCAGCCCACAUCAUGCGCUCAGUGGGUGGCAAGUUUGACAACGAGGCGGUUGCCAUGACGGCCAUCGUCAUGACGUUUUGGCUUUGGUUACUCUCGGUGCGCAGCCCGAAGCAUUGGCCCAUUGGGAUCUUGACGGGGCUCUCCUAUAUCAACAUGGUGGCGGCUUGGGGAGGCUACAUCUUCGUUCUGAACAUGAUCGGCGUUCAUGCCUUGAUCCUGGUGGCACAGGGUCGCUUCAACAGUGGCGUGCACAAGGCCUAUUCCUUGUUCUUCAUCGUCGGGACGUACGGGGCCAUCCAAAUUCCUGUCGUAGGAAUGCAGCCGCUUCGCUCCUUGGAACAAAUGGGCCCCCUCUUGGUCUUUGUCGGCUACCAGGUGCUCGCCUUCUGCGACUCUCAACGUCGCAAGAAGAACUUGAGCACCUGGGACUUCGUAAAGCUACGAAUCUUGAUGUCGAUCGCAACCUUGGUGGCCCUCGCGGUGGUGGCAGUUCUUCUGUAUCCCACCGGCUAUUUUGGACCAUUGUCCUCACGCAUCCGCGGACCUGAAGAUGGUGGCGGCAGGAUGCAGGUGGUGAACAGGACGGUCCUGAGAAAGUUCCCUCGGCCUCAUACCGUAGGAGACAUCUCGCCACAUGCCUUCAGCGAUGCCCGUGGCCCUCGCGUGCAGAGCAUGGCCCAGCACAAGUACAACGACGUGAUGUUGAAGCAUAAGAAGUUUGAGACCACUCGCGAAAGAGAUCAAAAAUACAUCCGACUCAUGGUGGAGGUGAAAGAGGAUCAACGGCAGGCACGGAUGACUCGCUUGGUGGAAAACCUCACGGCAGGCAAUGCCCGAAAUCCGGACUACCAGGCCUCCCUACAGCUGACGGAGUUUCUGGCCAAUCGAGAGGCCACCGUAUCGAAACACUACCUGGACUGGGACAAGAACGUUUUCGGCCCGGUGGCGAAGAAGGCCUUCUUUCACAUGAACCGCCACAAGAUCAAGCCCAUGACCAGCUUCAAUUUGGACGCCCCAUCCAUCAAGCUCUAUGUGGACACCACCAAGGACCCGGGCAAGACCAUGGCAGGACCCAGCCAAGCGUCAACUGGUGCAGAAUGCUUCGGAGAAAUCCUUCCAGACCGAAUCCUGGUGUCGAUGCUGACGGAAGCUGAUCUGGCGAUCACAGGGUCGCAGCCGCAGCCCAGCUUUCCGUUAGACAUGUUGCACUCGCAGUCCCGCCCCGUCUUGGAACCCGAUCUUUGGGGCCAGUACGGCAGCUCGGUCUUCGGGCGUUUUACCGAGCUCUUAGACCCGCGCAGCACCAAAGCGGCGCUGCGGCGCAGUGGUCGCAACGUGCAUUUGCCGCCCGAUGCGGAGACGGAUGGCUGUGGGGAGGUGGCUGGUACCAGACAUAGCCGGCUCUUCGGCUACAACGACAAGGGCAUCCUGCAGUCCGCGCGCGAUCGUGGUGAGGCUCAGAUCUACAAGAAUGACGUGGGAGCAUCCAGCGGAGCACCGGCACAGGAUCACUUCACCUACGAGCGGGGCCCGGAAAUUGUGUCGACGUUGAUCAGCGGCACCUUGAAACGGCUCGACAUGCAUGUGGGGGCAAGGAGCCAAUGCCCAGAGCACCCGGGGCCGCAGCGUGGCCGCAAGGUCACGUUGCGGCGAAAGGAUUUCCAAGCCUUCCGCCAUAUCAUCCAAGCUCCAGUGGCAGACUUUCUGGAGGCAUUUCUUCGUAGCCACGAUAGUUCUUUGCAAAUGUUGGAAGCUGCAUUGAAAGAGGCCAAGAACUCAGAGGAUUUGUACACCUCUGCCAGUUGCGAAGUGGUCACGGAUGAACUCUUUGCGCUACUGGACUUCCAGUCAUUUCAGCAAGUGAUGAAAGAGGUGAUCCAACGGGAGGAGUUUGGAGGCGGCCCUGGGGCAUUUCAACGGGCUAUCCGACCAGUUAGCUUCGAAGUUGCAGAAGUUGCAGGCUGCCGUGGUGCUGAAGCUCCAAGCAACAGAUGGGGCAUGGCGGGCAUGGCGGGCAUGGCAGGCAUGAGGUGUCUAUUCGUGAAACACACCAAGACAGGCAACCCCUUGGUGGACUCGGUGGCCGAGCAUCAGCCUGCCAACCCCAAGAUUUACGCCUCUCACUUGGGUAUGCCCUUGGAUUAUGUUUUGCUUGGCGGAUUGGUUUGCAUCUUCAAUCGCAACAACGGUUUCUACUUCAUGUGCCUCUAUGGUUUCAUUGCAUCGCACUUCUCCGGAAAGAUGUCACGCUUGGUGUUGAUAUGCGGCCCCAUCGUCUCCGUCGCCUGUGGAAUUUGGUGCGGCUUCCUCUUGGAUAUGGUGAUCGAGCCGUUUUUGCUGCUAUUGGGCAAGAAAGGAUAUGUGGCCAAGCCAUCCACAGCCACGGUAGCUCCACCCACAUCUGGAGAUGAGAAGUCAGCGAAGGCCAAGGGCAAAAAUUCCAAAGGAGAUAAAGGAAAGGAUGCGAAGCAGUCGAGGCGCGAAGCGGAAACGAUUGAACUGGAAGAGUGGGAAGAG